AUGGACAAUAUCAUCAGUUUGGAUAUUGUGGUGGAGCCUUCACUUUGUUUCAGUUCCGUCAAUACGUCAUGCGUGAAGAUCGAUUAUCCUCUGAAAGUCCGGGUUUUGCUCUACAUCCUCUUUAGCACUUCUUCUCUAAUCACUGUGAUCGGAAACCUGCUUGUGAUUAUAACCGUUAUACAUUUCAGACAAUUGCAAACAUCAACUAAUUACUUGGUUCUCUCUCUGGCUGUUGCUGAUCUGCUUGUAGGAGGAAUUGUGAUGCCUCCUAGCAUGAUACGCUCUGUGGAAACCUGCUGGUAUUUAGGAAACACCUUCUGUAAAAUACACAGCAGUUUGGAUGUCACUGUGUGCACUGCGUCCAUUUUUAACCUGUGUAUUAUUUCUUUAGAUCGUUAUUACGCCGUAUGUCAUCCGCUUCUGUAUCACAGUAAAAUGACUCCUGAUACUGUUCGAUUCAUGAUCGUAGUGUGUUGGAGCAUUUCCUCAGCAAUCGGGUUCGGCAUGAUAUUUCUGGAGCUCAAUGUUCUUGGAACUGAAGAGUUUGAUUACAGUCAUUUAUUUUGUGAGGGCGCAUGCACGGUUUAUCAGAGUAAAGCUACAGCCAUAAUAUUUCCUACACUUUGUUUUUACAUCCCCGCAGUAAUCAUGCUUUGUGUGUAUUUGAAAAUCUUCCGCACAGCACAAAGACAAGCUCAUGCAAUUCAAUCCACAAACGCACAGAUAAAGGCAGCCGAGGAAAAACCUAGGUUAAGCAAAGUAGAAAGGAAGGCCACGAAAACUUUAGCCAUAAUCAUGGGAGUAUUUCUGACCUCCUGGAUACCAUAUUUCACUUCUAAUUGCAUAGAUCCAUUUACAGGAUAUUCAGUUCCUCCGGUUUUGUUUGAUGUGUUUAUCUGGGCAGCGUAUUUUAAUUCCACAUGUAAUCCGAUAGUCUAUGCUUUUUUCUACAGCUGGUUCAGACACGCUUUUAGAGUCAUUCUGUCUGGUAAAAUAUUCCUGACUAAUUCUUCACACAUCAAAUUGUUUUAA